AGUUAGCCAUGAAGGGAAUGGAUGCCCUAUAAAUAGCCCUUCUUCCCCCUGCGACCUCAACAUAGCUAGUAGUGUGCAGCUGCAAUGGCUAAUAGAGCUCGCAGUAAGUUUUGGGCUGUUGCCUUCAUCGCCCUUGUGAGCUUCCAGCUUGCGUUGGCAGCUAGAUCGCUCAGCGGGGCUGCCGCAGGAGGCGGCGGUGGAGGUGGAGGUGGAGGAGGAGGCGGAGGCUCUGGCAGUGGUUCCGGAUAUGGAUCCGGCUCCGGCGCUGGAUAUGGUGUGGGUGUGGGUGUGGGUGUGGGUGCGGCUGGAGGGAGUGUCGGAGGGUACGGUAAAGGAGGCGGCGGCGGCGGUGGCGGAGGAGAAGGAGGCGGUGGCAGCUCUGGUUCUGGGUCCGGCAGCGGUUAUGGGUCGGGAUACGGUGAGGGCGUUGGAGGAGGAAGCGCCGGAGGGUAUGGGAAAGGUGGUGGCGGCGGCAGCGGCGGCAGCGGCGGCGGUGGAGGUGGGGGAGAAGGUGGAGGUGUAGGCUCCGGCUCCGGCUCUGGUUACGGGCAAGGAUCUGGAUCGGGUUACGGUGCGGGCGGUGGGGCUGGUAAUGCCGGAGGAUACGGAAAGGGAAGCGGCGGUGGAGGUGGUGGCGGCGGAGGAGAGGGCGGUGGUGUUGGGUCGGGAUCCGGGUCCGGUCAGGGGUAUGGAUCUGGAUCUGGAUCUGGCUCCGGCGAGGGUGGUGCACAUGGUGGUGGCUACGGUCGUGGCGGCGGCGGUGGAGGCGGCGGCGGUGAGGGAUCAGGUGGCGGCACUGGCUCCGGCUCUGGCUACGGGUCUGGGUCUGGAUACGGCAGCGGUGGCGGAAAUGGCCAUAAUUAGAUGACUAGCUUUUUAUGGUAUUAUACGAGUAUAAUUAUAAAAGACAUGGUUGUUCGUGCUGUACCGCUACUGCAUAAUGAAUAAAUUAAAGCUAGUUUGCUAUUUAUUA